AGUGUGUAGUUGCUCACGUACGCGUUAUUCUGAAGUAGAGAGUGACCAAUUCUCCCAAAGGGCAGGCCAUUAAAAAACGAGGACGGAGCAUCAGUGAAGAGAUUCGCUAAUCCUUCGAGGUGUGACCUGAGAUCACGUCACCAUGUGGAGAAGAAUCGUCUCCUCUCAUCUCAAAACCCUCGCCGCCGCUGCUUCUCGUCGCCGAUCGAUUGCCACCACCGUUACACCCGUUGGCUUCUAUCUCUCUGCCAAUCUAUCAGCUUAUUCCUCCGUCAUCCCUCGCCAUUUCAGCUCCGAAUCAGAGACGGUUGCGAAGAAGAAGGUGGAGGAUGUGAUGCCCAUUGCUACUGGACAUGAGAAGGAGGAGCUUGAAGCUGAACUCGAGGGGAGGAGGCUGCUUGACAUUGACUUCCCCCAAGGUCCUUUUGGAACCAAGGAAGCUCCUGCUAUUGUAAAGUCAUACUAUGACAAGCGAAUUGUGGGAUGCCCUGGUGGUGAAGGCGAGGAUGAACACGAUGUUGUGUGGUUCUGGCUGGAGAAAGGAAAGUCUUUUGAGUGCCCGGUCUGCACUCAGUACUUUGAGCUGGAAGUAGUUGGUCCCGGUGGGCCUCCCGAUGGUCACGGCGACGAAGACAAUGUUCACCACCACUGAUUCCAGCUUCUAUAUUCACUUUGUUACAUAUAUUAUACAAUAUUUGUUUAAUUUGGAGUAAAAAAAAAGAUUCCUCCGUUGGUGAAACAAAGUUGAAAGUGUUUUUGCUCCUUUUAGAACAAUGCUGUUUGUGACUUGCCA